AUGCUGGGUCGCCCGCGCGUGGUGGAUGAGGACUCUCUGGCGGUUCUGGAUGGUCCUGUCAGGAUGCUCUUCCACUCCCACGCCCCGGACAAGAUCCCUCCUUCGAUCCUGGUGUUCGUCAACAUGCAAGGCUUCCGGCUGGGGGUUUCGGUGGAGUGUUCCAAGGCCAGCGCCAGUGAUCCCAAGCCUCCGCCUCCAGGCCCGAGCAACGGAGAGGAUGACGAGGAAGACGAGGAGACGGAGGAGCAGAGCCGCUCGGCUCCCCACUGGAAGAGGAGCAACAUGAAGAGCAAGGACAAGGGGCCAAUGUGUGAUUCGCUGGUUUUUGCCUCCAAGCCCCCUGGCUCCAAAUCUUCUGUUGGCAGCAGCAGCGUUCCACUCCCCUCGCUCAAGGACCACUCCGCCACGAAACCUGCAUCAGCCCCGCCCAAGUCCAACCUGAAGCCGAUCCCGUUCAACCAAUACGGUUCAAACUUGACUGAAUCAGAGCUGUUCCCCACUGCUAAGGUGUGCCUUUCCCCCGUCCCUCAAGACGAAGAACCUCCAUCGGAGAAUCUCGCACAAACCUCCAGUGAGUCGAAGUCAGAAGCGCCCACCUCUCCUAACAUUCUUAAGCGCCAGAGAUUGUCGGAGGAAGACAGGCUGGAGGUGGGGUGGGAGAGCCCGGAGGAUUGGGAGAACGAUCAAGAGACUCUCGCGGAGAAGAUUGCCAAACUCAAGCGCAAGCAGGAUGGCGAGGUGGACAACCCUCCGUCACGCAACAAGAAGAAGCCUGGCAUCAAACCCAAGCGCGCUGUAGUGACUUCCUCGCCAGUCACUGCGACCCGCCGCAGCACCAGGGGCAAGGGCGCCAAUCCGGAGCAUGUGCUUCUUUCGGCCUCCAAGCGCGCGGCUGGAAAAGAUCAAGGUACGCCUUUUGCUCCUUCGCAUACCAAACCCUUCUUGGUUCUUCCCUCGGUCUCAGAUACACAUCUUUGGGGGGUUGCGCGGGAUGCGGGUUUGGGGUUGGAUUCUUCUGCUGGCGCGCUUUCCCCUCUUUUAUCUCUGAUCCGUGCUAAGGAGCUAGCUCAAGCUCGUAUUUCCGAAGCUGCUGCGAAGGCCAAGUCGAAAGAGGAAGAAGUUCAGAAUCAAAGGCUAGCGAAAAACGUGGCCAAUCCAGCAAGUGCUGCGCAGGAUCUGGCCAUGGACAGUUCUACAAACUCGACAGGGAUUGAUCUAGAGCGGAUCACCCUGGCAGAUAUGGCCAACUCAUCGAGGGCCAUGAGGAGGAAGAAAGGGGAGGCCUCCGCUGGCCCUCGUCCGAAUCUAAGGAAUACACCAGCUCGCCAAGCACGGGCCUCUGCGGCGGUGCCCAAAUGA